CUUGGGAAAUGAAUUGGCUGAAGAGUCGGUCUUCUUCCUCCGCUUCCUCCACUCAUGGAGAGGAGUCACAAGAGAACAAAGAAACACAGAGUCAAGCCACCCCAAGUGAAGAAGAAGUUAGGAGAAAACGACUUGCAAGAUUUGAAGUACUUAACAAAGGAACCUCGCGUUCCACUGUGGAACCUAAAGAGCAACAAACCACUGCAAGCAAAAAAGAAUCCUUUUCCAAGGAACAAGCAGACAGCCAUAUUCAGUCUUCAAGUACAAGUUCAAUGCAUAGAAACCAAACUUCUCUGGCCAGUUCUAAUGAUAAAAACUUUGUAGCUGCAGUUCGUUCUUCUUCCACUGCUGUAGCUUCCACCCAAGGCAGCAAACAGAGUUUAGAACAAUUACAGGAACAGAUUAUAUGCAGAAUUCUUAGAAUAACGUUGAAUGAACAAACGAGUUCAGAAGAGCUGAUUUUUAUGAAGGAUUUGAAAGAGGAAUGGCUUACAGAAAAAAGUAGUUCGGAAGUGCUGGUUACUAAAGACAGAGCAGACAGAAUAAUAUUUGAAAGACUAUUACAAACGGGGUCUGGUUUAGACCCUCUUCGUUACUUGUUGGAAUCAUAUCAGAGAGCUGCCGACCAGGAAUCCCUCUUAUCCAUAUCCUUUAGUGCAGAAGUGAAGCAGCCUUUAUUAGAUACUGUUACGUUUGUAAAGAAAUUGAUAGUUUCUUAUUUAGGAUUGUUAUUGAGUAAUUCGGAAUUGUUCUAUACGGAUUCACCCAUGUAUCGUUCUGCGCACUUUAUGGAAGCCUUAGUGGAAGAUAGAAUACCUGCAGGUUUACUAAAAGAUAUAGUGACAAGAUUUGAAGAGGAAGAUGAUAACACUCUAGCUGAAAUAUUUUAUCCAAUUAUGGAACUUUUAUGUUCUAAAGCAAUGAAAACAUCUCUGCUCAAGGGAAACUUUGCAGCAGCAUUGAGAGCUUUGGGAGGCUUACUUUCUUUCAAGUCACUUGCCAUUUUGUUCACUCGUCAUCGUAACUUUAACUUGAGUGAAGAAAGAAUAUCUCAGCCCUCUGUAACGGGUAGAAGUAUGGAAAUGGAAACCUUGCUGGGUCCCUUCUUCCGCCUAACAGCGUUGAAAGAUGAUGACGAAAUAGCCAAUACUCUCUUUAGCAAUCCACGGAAAAGGACUCGACAAGAUGUGGAUCAGUCUAUGUCUUCUCUAAGAGCUUCUCUGAAAGUUUUAAGACAUGGCCUACAUGAGAUUCUGUUGUCCCUUUUAAAGGCUAGUCCCGAAUCUCGCGAAUCUGUCUUGAAAUGGUUUGCCACUUUUUUACAUUUCGAUAAGGAGCGUGUCAAGCUACAAGCGGAUUAUAAGAAACUUGCAACCGAUGGGUUUGCGAUGAAUGUUUUAUCUGUUCUACUUUUGCUGAGUCAACCUUUUGCUGAUCCUCGUUCUCCUAAAUUGGAUAAUAUAGACCCUACUUUUUGUGUUUCCAAACAUCGAAUCGAUUAUUCUGGAGAAACGAGGUUGGCUGUGGAUAGUGAAGAUCUUGCUAGAUGGGUAGAUCCAAAGAAUCCCAAUGCGCAAGUUAGUUUUCAGAAUAUGAAGAGACAGCAAGCUAUGGAACUUGCCAAUAGUGGAACAAGCACCUUUUCAGAUCAGAAGACGGACUCUAUACAAGUGAAGGACCAAUAUCAUUUCAUUACGGAAUGUUUCUUCCUCGCCUUACGUUCUUGUCAGUUGGUAUUUGGUGGAACCAUUCAAAUGUAUCAAGAACAUAUUUUAAGAGGUAUGCAACAUUUAUAUUCGUUACAGAGAGAUAUGGAAUCCAGUCAAAUGAGUGCAAGCAGUAGAGGAGGACCUUUAGCUUCCAUUAUGGAAGCAAGACUGAACGAAGUUAAUAGACAGUUGGACUUAUUGAUCGUUCAAAAGCUUUCGUAUGAUGUAUAUUUACAAGAUGAGGAGUUGUUAUCGCUUUUGCUCCAAUUUUGUGCAACAGUAGCUUCAUGGCUUUUGAGAAUUGCCUUUGGAAAUCAAAUAAGGUCAAGUCAAGACUUGAAACUUCCAUUACCAACUCCACCACCCACAUUGUUAUGUACGCUUCCAGAACAUACUGUAGAAGUAGUUGCCGAUGCGCUUUUAUUUUGUGCCCGUUUUUGUCCAUCGACUUUAGAUUCCGUCUCAUUUAUUCAUCAUGAAAUGUUAGGCUUUCUUUGUGCUAUAGUUUCAUCACCCCUUCAUGUUAGAAACCCUUAUUUGCGUUCCAAGUUUGUGGAAUUUCUUUGGGCUAUUUUAGGUGAUCCACCUUCUCCACAAAGUCCACAAGAAGAGUGGAUCAGUCGAAGUACUGCGUGGACGGCAUCUUUCGAGUCCAAUCCAGUAUGUCAAAAAUAUUUGCCAGGAGCACUGGUUCGUUUGUAUGUAGAAGUGGAACAUACGGGAAGUCAUUCGCAGUUCUAUGACAAGUUUUCUAUUCGUUAUCAUAUCACAUGUAUCUUUUACUACAUGUGGCACUUAUCAACAUAUAGAACUUCCAUUCGUUAUGAAGCAGAGAAUGAGUCAGUAUUUGUGAAGUUUGUCAAUAUGUUAUUGAAUGAUGCAACUUAUUUAUUGGACGAAGCUUUGGGUGACUUGACAGAGAUUCAUUCAUUACAAGAACGCUUGGAUGAGAAUGGUUCGUCAAGUGAUUCUACAGAACGACAAGAACAGCAGUCCCGAUUGUCGCAAUUGGAACGGCAAGUAAAGUCGUAUAAUUUGUUGUCACAUUCUAGUGUGAAUAUGUUGCAUUUUUUAACCGAAGACGAUAGAGUUCGCAAAGUUUUCUUGAAGCCGGAAAUGGUCACUCGAUUAGCUGAAAUGCUCAAUUAUUUCUUAUUGCAGCUUUGUGGCCCAAAAUGUCAGUCUUUGGUGGUACGUAAUAGGGAACAAUAUGCUUGGGAACCUCGCGUAUUGUUAACUCAAAUUGUUGGAAUCUAUUUACAUUUCCGAGAAGAAGAAGAUUUUGCAAAGUCUGUGGCCAAAGAUGGUCGAAGUUAUAGUCAAGAAUUAUUUGAAAGAGCGUUAGACAUUGUCCACCGUCGUCGAUUACUUUCAGAUGAAGAAUGUCACGAGUUGCAGCUCAUGAUGAAACGCUUUCAGGAGUUUGAAAAGCUGGAGUCUGAAGAUGAAGAUCUUGUUCGAAAUGCUCCGGAAGAAUUCCUUGAUCCUAUCAUGGCCACCAUUAUGAGAGAGCCUGUGUUGUUACCGACAAGCCGAACUAUUGUUGAUCUUUCCACUAUUUCGCGUCAUUUAUUGAGUGACCCUAGUGAUCCAUUUAAUCGGGAGUUUCUUAGUAUGGAAAUGUUACAACCUCAAGAAGAGUUGAAACGAAGGAUUGAAGAUUAUAUUGCAUCUAAACAGAAGAAAUAAAAGAUUUUAUUCUUCGUCGUCAUGUAAUUUUAACAA